AUGGCGUACGAUAUACAGCUCAUCGUUCAAGGAAGCAUUUAUUUGUUGCUCUUUAUUCUUAACUUCAUUGUGGCCAUCCCGAUUGGAGUCAAUGUGAUUGAACUCGGCAACCAAUGUAUGCUGUAUAGUGACAUCAACUGGCUCAAUACAACAUUCUGUACCAUUCAAUUGUCCACUAGCAAUACCUGUCAUUUCCCCAUCUAUGUUGCCGUGGUUGCCAUUUUUUACUCCCUGAUUCUGGGUGCUUACUACUUGUAUGUCGCCUUCAGGUCCAAGGAUGCAAACAUCGGAUACCAGAUGUGGGUAUUGCCGUUCCUCGUACUCUCGGCUGUCAUUGUGGUACUCAUGCUGGUGGUUUCUUGUGUCCUAAGUGUCGGCAUUAAGGAGACAUGCGAUGGGUUUUUGGCAGGCAAAGACAAAGGCGCGCACAUACAAGAAUGUUCCGAGAUUCAGAACAGGAUUUUUAUCUACCCAGACGGUAGAAAGUCUCCGGACCUACUGAAACACUUUUACAACUAUCCUAAAACCUCAGAAGUGGCGUCUUGGAUCACUUUCUUAACAUGGGCCACCCAAGCAUGUUUGUUUGCAUUAAGAUUUGUCCGAAAUCGCCGAGCCAUGACCAGAAGUCUGAAGUCUGAUCCUUUACCGCCUGUUGACACACCGAAAUCUUCUGACAUGUCAGAUUUUGCCUCUGUACAUCCGGCUACAUAA